AUGGCAGCUUCGGCCUUAGCCUACGAUGGCAACAUUUGUUGCAUGAAGGCCGCCCGAAUGCCUCAGAUACGAAUACCCCUUUACAAGAACCCGUGGGAUGCCUGCGCCCUGAACGACACAGACACUUACGCUCAAGGAACCACGUUCCCGUCGGUGAAUGUCACCAUGGGAUGGUGCAAAGCAAACUGUCCCGGUAGCCAGCCGAGCGAUCUAUCACAGUGGCUGCAGCCUCUGACUAGUUGGGUUGCACCUUAUAUUGGCCUUCUCUUGCUGUGUCCGUUUGGCGAAAUCAGAAAGCUGAAAACAGAUCCAAGGUUGAGCAAGCCUGCCGACGCCUGCCGACGCUUCUGGCACUUUGUGCGAAGUUAUACGCAGGAAUGGAUCAAUCUGCUAGGCGACCCAGCAAGUGCCAUUUUUGGUGCCUUUUCAGAGAUACGGUCCGAUGCUACAAUGUUGCGUGAAAUCGGCAUAAAGCGUCGUGAAGCUAAACGUGGUGAAGCCAAAAGAAAGCAUUUGCGCUAUAACCGCUGGCUUGAGCUUCUGAAAUGGGUGGUCAUUCUGGUUGGCGACACCGAUUUUGACGACACCGAAUUCACGCAAGGACACCAUGCACAAAGAGCUGAAAGAGAGAUGGGCCAUGUACAAAACGUACAAACCGAUCAAAACGAUCAAAACGAUAUUGCUAUGCCCCUGAGGAAGAUGCCCAGUGAACUCAACAUAGCAGUCUCGCCAGAGUCAGAUAAAGGAGUGGAUGACACAUUCGAAGUCCAAGCAUCGGUUGAAAACGCCAUCAGGACUCUCAUCGAAGCCCGGACGGACUUCUUCAAGGCCGUCUUCUUGCCUACGAUCCUCUUCCUUGCUGUGACAGCAUCAGUCUUUUAUAAUGCUUACACCAUGCUUGGCGACAACGACACUGCCAACGGGCUGGCUUUCGGCAUCUGGUACUCUUGGCUGGUGAUUCUCUCUGUGGCUGCAAAUUGCUUCGCCAGCAGUGUUAAUGCCGGCUUGACAAAGACCACACUGGGCCAAUAUAUUAGACUCUCCGAUCGAAGUCUUCCGCUCCGCGAGCGCUACUUCAACGAGAAGCUAUGGGAUAAAUGGUUGGCGGACAUCCAGAACACGCCAGAUAAGACCCUCUCCGAGUUAAGCUCGAGCCAAGUCUUGUUACUCCAGCUAAAGAAGGCUGAGCAUGGCGUUGACUGGGAAAGACGCCCUCAAGUUAAAUACCCAUCCCUCAGUUUAGAGAAGGUGCUCAUUUACCACUCCUCUGCAUGGAUUUGCGUCGCGAUACCAACGGCGUGCGCCAUUAUUGUCUCAUAUAACACUCCUACUGUCGGUUUAGAUUGCUUGUCAUUCAAUUUCCUCCUCUACGGGAUUCUUGCAUUGGUGGCUCCGGCCCUGCACGUUACCUAUCAGUGGAUGCUACGCAAAGAAGGAUACCAAUAUCUGAAAGCAGGACUGAAGAUGACUUACUGGCUUUUCGUCUGUGCCAAUGCAGCUGUGCUCACCAUUGGCACUAUUUUACAACUAGCUGGAGUCUAUAGGAGCUGCAGAUGUCAACUCCUUUUCGCCUCGGAUUCCGAACACGUCGAACUGAAUCGCCUUACCCCGCUUGCGGUUGAGAAUGCAAACAAAUACUGGCUCCCAGUGGGAUAUUUAGCAUUUGGAUUUGUUUGGGUGGUUUGCGGGCUCGUGACGGCAGCGAGGGCGUAUAUUACUAUCCACCUUGUCGAUUUUGACGGGCAGGACGGGCAGGACGGACAGGACGGACAGACUGAGAUCAGUGGUCCUAUGGACUAG